CAGUGCAACAUGGCGGAGUCAGAGACAGCAUCACUGAAGAAGAAAAAGAAGUCAAAGAAAAUCAGCGAUGAAGAAAUUGGGGAGAUCCAACAGACUGGAGACUUCCUCAUUCAACCAGAGUCCAAAGUUGCCAGUUUGGACACUUCACAGUGGCCGCUUUUAUUAAAGAAUUUUGAUAAACUGAACAUCAGGACGGCACACUACACCCCACUACCCAGUGGCAGCAACCCCUUGAAGCGAAACAUCCACGAUUAUGUCAGAUCUGGUUUCAUUAACUUGGACAAACCAGCCAAUCCGUCCUCCCAUGAAGUCGUAGCGUGGAUAAGGCGGAUCCUGCGUGUGGAGAAGACUGGUCAUAGCGGGACACUUGACCCUAAGGUCACAGGCUGUCUAAUCGUCUGUGUGGACCGAGCCACGCGGCUAGUGAAGUCGCAGCAGAGUGCUGGCAAAGAGUAUGUGGGGAUAGUUCGGCUGCACAAUGCUAUAGAGAGUGAACACACUCUCGCCAGGGGGCUGGAGACUUUGACGGGGGCACUCUUCCAACGGCCGCCAUUAAUAGCCGCUGUGAAACGACAGCUGCGAGUGAGGACAAUUUACGAGAGCAAACUGAUUGAGUAUGAACCAGAGAGGAGACUCGGUAUAUUUUGGGUGAGCUGUGAGGCGGGGACUUACAUCCGGACACUGUGUGUUCACCUGGGUCUUCUGCUGGGGGUCGGUGGUCAGAUGCAGGAGCUGAGAAGAGUCCGUUCAGGGGUUCUGGGUGAAAAGGAUAACAUGGUGACGAUGCACGAUGUUCUCGACGCCCAGUGGCAGUUUGACCACAACAAGGAUGAGUCGUACCUGAGGAGAGUCAUCUUCCCUCUGGAGAAGCUGCUGAUUUCAUACAAAAGGCUGGUGAUGAAGGACAGCGCUGUGAACGCCAUCUGCUACGGGGCAAAGAUCUUGCUUCCUGGUGUCCUGAGAUAUGAAGACGGCAUCGAGAUUAACCAGGAUAUCGUUGUUAUAACGACAAAGGGCGAGGCCAUCUGCACAGCCGUUGCCCUGAUGACAACAGCAGUGAUCUCCACGUGUGACCACGGGGUCGUCGCCAAGAUCAAGAGGGUGAUCAUGGAGCGUGAUACAUACCCUCGCAAAUGGGGUCUGGGCCCAAAGGCCAGCCAGAAGAAAAUGAUGAUUCAGAAAGGUCUCCUUGACAAACACGGAAAGCCCAACAGCAGCACGCCACAGGAGUGGAAGGAGGGCUACGUGGAUUACAGUGUGGCAAAUGUGAAGGAGUCAGGUGAAGGAUCAACAAAGAGGAAGAGAAGUGCAACAGAAAGUGAGAGUGAAUGUGUAACGGCUCCUUCAACACCGUCGGCAGAGAACAUCAAGAAAGAGAAGAAGGAAAAGAAGAAGAAGGCCAAACUUGAGGCAGCAGCCGCCACGGCAGCGAUCGUUCAGGUCGAGGCAGAGAAGGCAGAGGCAGAAUCAGAGGUUGUUGAAAGUACCAAAAAGAAGAAAAAGAAGAAGAAACAACAGAAAGACGAGGACACAUCGGAAUGACGGCGCUGAAUUAAACUGAUCGUACUGCGUUGGGAGCAAAGCAUUCUGGGACUUGAUGCUUAUAUGGACUGCACAAAAACAAAGUGAUGUCAGCUGAUAACUGACUUUGGGGGGGGGGGUAUUUUUAUAUAUAUAAAUGUCUUAUUUCCUGCUUUUCCUCCACAGCUGUGAGCAGAAAGCAUGAAACUUGAAAAUAAAAUAUUUUUUCUUACA